ACAGAUGUUAACUAACAGCACAGAACUAGACAUCCUUCUCUUACUGUCAUCUAUAAUAUUUUUUCUACUAUACAUUUUCUUCACGAGGAACUUCAAUUACUGGAAACGACGCGGCGUACCUUACAAAAAACCACUUCCUCUCGUUGGAAACUUUCUACAAGUCGUACGACUCAAGAAAAACUUCGCCGAGGUGUUAGCCGAGUUAUAUUUCGAAACAAACGUACCUUAUUUGGGCAUCUUUAUAGGGGAUAAACCGGCCUUGCUGAUCAAAGAUUUGGAAUUAAGCAGAAACAUUUUGGUGAGAGAUUUUCAACAUUUUACCGACAACUCUUUCGCCAACCGAGCCGGAAAUAUCAGCGAGUACAUGGUGCCUUUUAUGAAGGGCAAAGAUUGGAAGUUGUACAGGAAAUUUAAUACUCCCGCUUUUAGCAGAGCUACUUUGAAAUCCGCUUAUUUUGAACUAAUAAUCGAAGCAUCAAACGAACUGAUCGAAUAUUUGGAUACGAGAUUGAACAAUAAUGAGAAUUUGAUUAAUGGUAAAAAACUGACUGAAGGUUAUUCGGCUGAAAUGUUGACGUCUAUCGCUUUGGGUGCAAAGGGAAACUGUUUUAGGAACGAAAAUUCGAAAAUUUUGAAAAUGGCUCACGAUUUGUUCAAUUUCAUCAAUUUGAAAAGAGGCAUUUCGUUAGCAGCGUACUUGUUGUACCCGAAAUUGGUGAAUUUGUUAAAACUGAAGCUAAUCGAUCCAAUAUCUGAAUCAGAAUUUAAGAAAGUGUUCUUCCAAUCGGUAUUAAAAAGAAAAGAAAACGAAAACACUAGACAGGAUUUGGUUGGAAUUUUGAUGAAAUGGAGAAGAGAGGAAAGAGAACAUAUUGAAUUAGAUGACGAAAAGAUGGUGGCUCAAGCUAUAACAUUUUUUUUAGCUGCGUUCGAAGGAAUAACUAAUGUAACCGUAAUGGCUCUAUAUGAAUUGGCGGCAAAUUUGAAAAUCCAAACCAAAUUGCGAGAAGAAAUUCGCGAAUACUUAAAUAACAGCAAUCUCACUUUCGAAGCGGUGUUUUCCGAAUUGAAGUAUUUGGAUAUGGUUAUAAAAGAGACAUUACGCGAAUAUCCCCCAGUAGCAGUAUUCAACAGAGAAUGUACGAUAGAUUAUAGAGUGCCAACUACAAACUUUUUAAUAGAAAAAGGUACUACUUUGUUUAUUCCAUCAUUCGCCAUUCAGAAUGAUCCAGAAUACUUUCCAAAUCCGGAUGUAUUCGAUCCAGAAAGAUUUUCGGAAUUCAAUAGCCACAAAAUCAAAGCAGGAACCUACAUGCCGUUUUCGGAUGGAUCUAGAAGUUGCAUGGGUGAAAAGAUUGGUCUGACUUCCGUCAAGGUGGCUGUAGCUAGGAUAAUUCAAAAUUACCAAGUUGAUUUGAGAGAUGACAGUCAAAGAAAAAUGAAAAUUGAUCCCAAGGCUUAUGUUUUGGGUCCUGAUGAGGAAAAAGUUACUUUCAAAUUUAAAAGAGUUUAGAAAAAAAUGAUUUUUAUAUUUCAUCUAGGA